CCGAUCUGGACUCACUUCCUCCUCUGCUGUCGGGGUUUUGUGUGCCGGCAUUUUAUUUUUAUUUUCCAGAUGCAGGUUUCUGCCCUCCACUGAGCUGUCAUUUUUCUAGGAGGGUCCAAUAUUUUUCUUUCCUCCAAAGCCUAUUUCGGACAGUUUGCUUCCAUUAUGCCGGGGUUUGCAGACAGAGAUCGCGGCAGAGAUAGAGGGUAUGGUGGCGGUCCUCCUCGCUUUGGAGGUGGUGGAGGAGGAAACCGGGGCGGACCUCCUCCAGGAAAAUUUGGCAACCCCGGCGAGAGGCUUCGAAAGAAGCACUGGAACCUUGACGAGCUUCCAAAGUUUCAGAAGAACUUCUACCAGGAACACCCAGACACCACUCACAGACCACUCCAAGAGAUUGAACAGUACCGAAGAAACAAAGAAGUCACAGUCAAAGGCAGAGAUUGCCCCAAACCAAUUUUACAGUUCCUCGAAGCCGCAUUUCCCAGCUACGUUAUGGAUAUCAUUGUUAAGCAGAACUGGACCGAACCAACUCCAAUUCAGGCGCAGGGUUGGCCUGUCGCCCUGAGUGGACAAGACAUGGUCGGCAUCGCUCAAACUGGGUCUGGGAAAACUCUUGCAUACCUUCUGCCUGCAAUUGUUCACAUCCAACAUCAGCCCUUCUUGGAGCACGGGGAUGGACCUAUUUGCUUGGUGCUGGCGCCGACUCGGGAGCUGGCUCAGCAGGUGCAGCAGGUGGCUGCUGAAUACGGCAGAGCUUCUCGCCUGAAGAGCACCUGCAUCUACGGUGGCGCUCCCAAAGGACCUCAGAUAAGGGACCUUGAGAGAGGUGUUGAGAUUUGCAUCGCCACCCCGGGCCGUCUCAUUGAUUUCCUGGAAUGUGGUAAGACUAAUCUGCGCCGUUGCACCUACCUGGUGCUGGAUGAAGCUGACCGCAUGCUGGACAUGGGAUUUGAACCUCAAAUCCGCAAGAUCGUGGAACAAAUUCGGCCAGACCGCCAGACUCUGAUGUGGAGCGCCACCUGGCCAAAGGAAGUCCGUCAGCUGGCUGAGGACUUCCUGAAGGACUACAUCCAGAUCAACAUUGGGGCACUGCAGCUCAGCGCCAAUCACAACAUCCUACAGAUUGUUGAUGUUUGCAGUGACAUGGAGAAGGAGGACAAGCUGAUCCGUUUACUGGAGGAGAUCAUGAGUGAAAAGGAGAACAAGACCAUCAUUUUUGUAGAGACCAAAAGACGUUGUGAUGAGCUCACCAGGAGAAUGAGGAGAGACGGGUGGCCGGCAAUGGGAAUCCAUGGAGAUAAGAGCCAGCAGGAGAGGGACUGGGUCCUAAAUGAGUUCAGAUAUGGCAAAGCUCCAAUUCUCAUUGCGACAGACGUGGCCUCCCGCGGCCUCGAUGUGGAGGAUGUCAAAUUUGUCAUCAAUUAUGACUACCCUAACUCCUCUGAGGAUUAUAUCCACCGCAUUGGACGCACUGCCCGCAGUCAAAAAACGGGCACGGCCUACACCUUCUUCACCCCCAACAACAUGAAACAAGCCAGUCACCUGAUCUCUGUGCUCCGCGAGGCCAACCAGGCCAUUAACCCCAAGCUGAUUCAGAUGGCAGAGGACAGAGGAGGUCGUGGCCGGGGGGGAAGAGGUGGCUACAAGGAUGACCGCCGGGAUAGGUAUUCUGGGGGUGGGAGGGGGAACUUUGGUGGCUACAGGGACAGGGAUGGCGACAGGGGGUUUGGCGGUGGGAACAAGAGUGCCUUUGGUGGAAAUAAGGCCCAGAACGGUGGCGGCUUUGGAGGCAACAGUGGUAACUCUGGCGGUAAUUAUGGCGGCAAUUACGGCAACAGCAACGGACAGGGUAAUUUCGGUGCUCCGGGAAAUCAGGUGGGUGCUUUUGGUAACCAAAACUUCCAGGGUCCCCCUCAGUUCGGGGCCAUGCAGAGGGCCAACCAGAAUGGCAUGAACCACCCACCGUUCCCAUUCAAUUCACAGCCUCCACCACCACAGGGCCAGCAGCCACCGCCCCCACCGCCGAUGGUGCCCUACCCCAUGCCCCCACCCUUCCCACAGUAGAUCUGGUACAACGCACAAUAUAUGGAACCAACAUGAUUUUCAUUUAGUCUUGAAGUCCCGCAGUAUGACUAUUAUGAUCAUUAUUAUCCUUUUUACUGUUUUAACUUUUCAUUUGCUUACAGCAGGGUUGGAAGUAUUCAGUAAACCCCGAGCAUUAAAUGGGAGCCACAAUUAGUCUCCUGUAGUGCACUCAUGAUUGCCGCACUUUCCCUCCACUUUUCUCUUGUUUGUUUUGGUUACAUUCCUCGGUAAUUUAUUUUUACUAGGUAAUAUGGUGUUUUCAGUUUGUGAUAUGUUUCAAUUGAUGUUAUUAAGAUAAUAUACAAAAGGGUGCGUGUAGCCCUUUUGAAUAAAAAGAAGAAAAUGGGAA